AUGGAGAACAAGUGCUGUAACUGUGGUGGCCAGCACAGAGUGACGAAUGGGGGCUGUGAGAGCAGGAAAAGAGCAGUUGAAAUUCAACAGGUGAAGACUGCAAACAAUAUAAGCUGUGCUGAAGCAGUAAGGAAAGUUCAAAAACAAAAGAAAAGGUAUAAAACAGACAGAGACAAUGAGAGGACAAGAAUAGAACAAGAACAGAGAGAACAUGAUAAAUUAAAAAUGGUAGUGGAUAUUGAAAGAUUGAUUGUGUUCAUUGCAUAUGUAAUCAACUGUACAGACCAGGCCAGAAACAAGACAGAGAAAAUUAGAACAAUAGUCAAGGGUGAUUUUUCUAGAAUUUUCUAG